CACACUCAAUCAAACGGUUGAUGAGAAAUUCAGAUCGGUUCUGCUUCCACCAUAGCUCCAGAUUUACCGCAGCGAAAAGCAGUAAUCGUCCAUAUAUAUCGCACAAGAACCAGAAACCUCCGAUUCUCCCAAGUUCCACAGUACAAGUCCUCUGCAGUCGCCAAAGAAACCAUUCUCGAAAUCGAAUUAAUCCCAAUUGGAUGCAAGAAUCUGGGCACAGUUCGUGACUGGAAUAUUUUUCUCUGCCGUUUACUAGUAUUUUUAUGCAAUCGUCGGAUUUUCCCCUCUUUUCCCCUUCAAUUUUCCAGCUUUUCGACUGGAAAAUUCAUACCGGAUCAAUAUAUCGCAAAAAGUCAAUAUAUCGCAUAAAUAUCGCGAGAUCUCGUAAUAUCGCGAAAUAUCGACAAUUUAUCUUUCUCGGCAAUUUCUCGUCAAUUUCUCGCGUUUCGAUUUUGAUUUUGUGGACCCGAAACGUUUCGCGUUUCGACCGUUUCUGGUACCCGUUUCUUCGUUCUGUGAGACUUCCCUGCUUUCGCCGGACUGGGCCUACCCUGCUCACGAAACGGCGCGACAUUUCUAGUUCUUUGGGCCUUCCGAUAAUUAGAGGAAAAUGUCUUUGGGCCCCUUGUCCAACGAGUGCCCAGUUUUACCGGGCCGUCUGCCUCCCUCCCUGUCCAAACUCUUGCUGGGGGAUUUGUUCAUUUGUGCCUUCGAUUAAAUUAAGAAGAUCCCUCUCAGCCGUUUCGCCCGUUUCUGAAACCCGUUUCGCUAUUUUGUGCGGGUUUCUCGUUUUCGCCGGCCGUAGGCCUGCCCUCCCCAACGAAACGCCACUUGUUCAUCAAACUUUUGGGCUUUCAGUUAAACAUAGAAGAAGCUCUCUGGGCCUUUGUCUAAAGAAAGCCCAGUUUUUUCUGUGCGUAUACCUCCUCCAGCUUCCCUCUUCCAGAAGCGAAUCCCUUCCUCGAGUCCCCCUCUCGCCCGCCGCCACCAGCCACCGUCGUUCAACUCAUCCCUCGCUGAGAGCCAGAUUCAUAUCGGCAGUUGGGUAAAAGAAUGGCGGGCGGCAAGAUGAGAAAAGAGAAGACCAAGGCGCCGCCGACGGCGAGCCACUACCAAGGAGGAAUAUCGUUCCACAAAUCCAAGGGCCAGCAGCCCAGCACAUCCUCAAGAACCCUAUGCUGGUCGACAGCAUAGUACAGAAGUCAGGCAUCAAGAGUACCGACAUCAUUCUCGAGAUUGGUCCCGGUACCGGAAAUCUCACCAAGAAGCUGCUCGAGGCCGGUAAGUCCGUCAUCGCCGUCGAGCUCGACUCUCGCAUGGUGCUCGAGCUUCAGCGCCGCUUUCAGGGGACUCCUUUCUCUAAUAAGCUUAAGAGCUACCCUUCAAGCAAGUUCCUGUCUAUGCAACAAUGUGGUGUUGAUUUCACAAGCAUCUCUAAACAAUGGCAUUGGAAACUCUUUUCCGUCGACAACAAGGAGGAAAAAGAAUUUAAAAGGUGGGCGUGGGCCUGUAGAGAGUGACACUGACACGUUUUCAUUUUUGGAUAUGCAAUCUUUUGAAUAGAGUGACGAGACACCAAGUAUUGACUUAACAGUUUGCUCAUUUGUCAGUAGCGUUGUUGUUUUGCUAUAGAAAGCGAGUCAUGAACUUGCAGUAGGCCAACCCCUGCAGCUGCCCUGCCACUCAUGGUUUCUUCCCAAUCCACACAUUUGUCUUUCCACCUAUCCAAUCUGGUAUUGUGGGCUGAAGGAAAAUUAGGUAUAACACUGCAUUCAUAGCUUUAAGAUGGAGCUUUCAAGCAAUAACAAUGCAUCAGUUAGCUAGAUGAUGAGGAAACCUAACGGACACACACAUGAACCAUAUUGGUGAAAUGGAAAAUGCAAGGGGCAAUUGUUGGAGUGUUACUGAAAUACUCCGUGCAUAGACCAAGUAGUAGAGCGCACAAUCGAUAAUGGCAACACUCGAUACCCGCUACAGGUAUAUAAGGGCUUGAAGCCCUCCAAAGGAAAUGACUUCUCCUCUCUCCUGACUUUCGACUUUCCACUAUCUCUCUACCUUAUUCUCUCAACUCUCUCCUAAAACUUAAACUGACUUGAUCGUCAGAGCUUAAUCCGGGGGGGGGGGGGGGGGGGGGGGGGGGGGGGGGGGGGAAUCCCGACUCUUUCACAUGUCUCUUCCUCCCGACGAGAUCAGACGAACGGAUCGUGAAUCAACCCCACAAUAACAAAUAUCAUUGUUCAUGCCUCGAGCUAGGUACAAACAAUGAAUAAAUUGGUCAAUG